AUGACUAUGCAUCCACUCACCAGCGGACUGCGGGAUUACGUCACAGCAGCCGAUCAUACCAGAUAUGACGGUUUGGCAAACGGGUUCAUACGAGUCGACGUUACCCACAGCAACUUACAGGCUCGAGUACAUGAUGCCACCCUCUCCCUUGAUGCUACCAUUGAGUCGGUGAAGCAGAAACUUUACAAGAGGAAUGGAACCACUGUGGAUCAUAUGCAAUUAUUUUUAAGGCGUGCGGAUGGGAAUACAAUCUUUCUCUAUGAUGACAAGCUCACUUUGAGGGACUUUGGUGCUCAAAACGGCGACUCGAUCCACAUCAAGGACACUGACCCAUACAGUGUCUCUGCCGGAGGGGCUUUGGAGAAUCUAGAUCUGGUUGAUAAAUACGUUAUGGAUGACGAGACUUACGAUAAGCGUACUAACACACUAAGGCAUUAUAUCAGAGAGCAGAGGAAGAAAAAUCCGAAUUUCAAGCUUAAGUUCGGGCCGCAGACAACACCGGAUGAGAACCAGGAUGCUGCCGUGCCUGAGAGACCGCCCACCCCAGAAAAUGCGCGGGAGAUAUACGCAGUGGGCCAACGGUGUUCCUGGGUUGGGGUUCGCUUAGAUGAGCCUCAGGGAAAAUCCGAUGGUGUUGGACCUGACGGAAAGGAGUACUUCAGCUGCCCCAACGGACCUGGCUACGGUUGCUUCGUAUUAUGCGAGAAUGUCAACGUCGGUGCCGAGUUCGUACCUGCCGAUCCGUUUGCUGAGCUCUCCUCUGAAGAUGAGCUGUAA